AUGAAGGACAGUGAGUUCUUGGCCAACUGGCAGCCGUUGCAAAAGGCUGGGGCGAAGAUGACCACCAAGAUGAAGGUUGCUCUUUACCGCAGGUACGUGCAGAAUCUGUGGGAGUCCUUCAUGGUUCCGUUUCAAUCCAACCUGGGGCAGAUUGAGAGCUUGAUCAAGGCAACAGUGCUGUGGUAUGAGCCUGCUCACAAAGCGAAGCUGAUUAACGAGUUUGACCCACUUCGUCCUACGCUGAUCGGCAUUGGUGCUGGCGACGGCAAGACUGCGCAAGUGUUCAUGGAGUCGAUGUUCGGAAAGAAUUUCAUGAAGCUAAUCGAGAUGGGCGACGGUGGAGAUUUCAUCCUGCAGGACUUCCACACUACCACGACGCGCAUGUGGUCCAUGACGGAGGAUGCUGAGAUCGGCGAUGCGUGUGCCACCAUCCACGUGGAGGCGUUGAAGGUGAUUGGCGUGCUUGUGGGCGUGAUGGACACCAGCGUCACCACGGACACGGACUUCCACACGGUUUCCGAAGUGAGGGAGUUUGAGGCGCAGGCGUGCAUCACUGAAGGGGACCAGAGGCCAAUGAACAUCGCAGCGAUGGCUUGCAUGAAGGACAAGAGUUGGGAAACGAGGAUCACGACGAAGUUUCAGUCGAGCGAGCUCAUGAUCCAGCAUGGCCCAGCCAUCAAGAAAGGCAUCGUCGAUAUGAAGGCGUUGUCUGAUGGUCCGACCCAAGAAGCGGCAAAGGUGCUUGACAAUAUCAGCCUCGACGUGCCGUACUGGGAGUCCGUCCUGCCCAGGGAUGCUUCGAGCGUCGCGAAGAUGGAGCUUAAGGACCAGACCCCCAAGCGAGCUCAGGUGCUGAUCGACGUGGACGCCGACGGAAAGCCGACAUGUGGCCUUGCCAAGGCCACUCGUGACCUCCGCCUGUCCGAGUAUCAAUCCGUCGUGAAGAACGUGGCCAAGUUGUUUCCAGGGGACACAGGUUUCGCACGCGCGUUGCUUGGCAUGUCGAAGGCGCUCGCCGAGAUGGACUUGUCGUCGAAGUUCGAGAUCUUGCAGGAGGCGGCGAACGGUUGGAAGGGCGACGCCGACAGCACAGUGAAGUUGAAGGACGCCGUCAACGCUUGUGCGAAAAAGGAGUUGCCGAAGGAUGCCAGGGAGUCGCUGGAGACAUUGCUGGUCAAGCUCUAUUCCGCGGUCAAGGCAGUUGAUGGACCUGGCCUCCUACCGGCCUCAGCUUCUCCUGAGCCCCAUCACGCCACCGCCAUGGCGAUCUGCGCCGAGAAGGUGGGACAUAUUAAGUUCGCCCACAUGGCGGAGCUGCUCCGCUCUUCGUCGAGGCUCGUCGGACUUGCGAAGAAGCUAGAGGACGACGUCCAGCAGCAGACCGCAGACGUGGAGAAGGCGCCGCGGGAGGCCCACCGAUGCCUUCAGAAAAACUGGCAGGACAUGACUUUCAUGGCACCGUACUGGGACGAUGACGACACGAUCGUGAAAGGGACAAGGCUAGCCAAAGUCAAGGAUGCCAAGGCCGUGACUGAGAAGGCGGGGGCCCUCGCACGACAGCCGCACUUGGACUCCGCCAGCUCCAUGACAGCGAAGUUGCGCAAGGAGAUCGAGGAGCACCCGUCCACAGAGCAGUGGCUGGAGGCCAUGAAGACAUGCACCACCACCGACGAGCUCAAGGCAGAGUUCCCCAAGGCCUUCCAGGCGGCGCCUGUGCACGCGUGGAAGAGCAUCGCCGACGACAUCCACAAUGAGGUUGACGCUGCGCAGAAGAAGACGAAGGAUUUCGAUCUAGCGCCGAUCGACGACGUGAUCAAGACAUUCAAUGAGGUGAAGGGUCAGGCCCGAGCGUGCUUCAUCACGCACUCGCUGAUGACGAACGUGACCGACCCGAGCCUUCUGCGCAACCUGAUGGAGAUGAGGAAGAAGAUGCGUGAGAUCCAGACGAUGCUGCGCGAGUGGGAGAUAACGCCAGACCAGAUCAAGAACAAUGCAUUGACCGAGAGCUACACGAACGCGCUCAAGAUGAAGCCUACGUAG